GCGAGUGUGUGGUGUGGACUCGCUUCUCCUUCCCUCCUCGCGGCGGGACGCCAGCCACCACCAGAGCAGAGCAGACCACCGCCUCGCCUCCUCCUCCGCACGCGGCCAUGGCGCCUCUCUCCACCGCCGUCCGCCUCCUGCGCUCGCCCGCUGCUCCGCGCGCUGUGCCUCAUCCGCCCGCCCGCCUCGCCGGGGCGCCAGCGCGCGUCCGCCGGCGCCGGUCGCUGCGCCUCCGCGCGGAGGCGGCCAAGGAGGCGGAGGUGGGGGAGCUCAGGGCCGGGGUUUCCGUCUACAAGCCGCGCUCCUACGAGGUGCUCGUCUCCGACGCCGCCCGCUCCCUCGCCGCCGCCAUCGACGACGGCAGGACCCGCCUCGAGAUCGAGUUCCCGCCUCUGCCCAGCAGCAUCUCUUCUUACAAGGGGUCUUCGGACGAGUUCAUCGAUGCCAACGUCCAGCUCGCUCUCGCCGUUGUAAGGGACCUCAAAAAGCUCAAGGGGACUCGGUCCUGCAUAGUGUUUCCUGAUCAACCGGAGAAGCGAAGGGCCUCGCAGAUAUUCAAAACAGCUAUAGAUCAGAUCGAGGGUAUAUCCAUCAGUUCGUUGGACGAUCUGCCCACCGGGCCUGUCGAUACCUUCUUCAAAUCGAUAAGAAGUACCCUUGAUUUCGAUUUUGCUGAUGACAACGAAGAUCAAUGGAAGUCUGACGAACCACCAUCACUAUAUAUCUUUAUCAACAGCAGCACGGGUGACCUUUCAUCUAUAGAGAAGUAUGUGGACCAAUUUGCUGCCUCUGUACCUGCUGUUCUCUUUAACCUUGAACUAGAUACCUUGCGGUAUGUCUUCUGUAUUCUAUUUGAUACUCUGUUCCUUAUAAGCGUUUUGAGUGCCUUUAGCGAUAACAUACGAACUUUAACCUCCAGUUCUGACCUGGGGCUUCUGGGAUUCCCCCCAAAGGAUUUGCAUUACCGGUUUCUUUCUCAGUUUACCCCAGUAUUUUAUAUCAGACAGCGUGACUACUCGAAGACAAUUGCGGUCACUCCAUACAUAGUGAACUACAGUGGCGCUGUCUUCCGUCAGUACCCAGGGCCCUGGCAAGUCAUGCUUAAGCAGGGUGAUGGUUCCUAUGCAUGUGUUGCAGAGAGUGCAUCUCGGUUCACUUUGGGGCAGGCCAAGGAUGAACUAUUGAGAGUUCUCGGUUUGCAAGAAGAGGUAGGCAGCCAGCUUGAAUUCCUCAGAAGAGGAUACAAGAAUGCUACUUGGUGGGAAGAGAAUUUUGAUCAGGAGAAAUCACCCGCGUGGCGAACUUGAGACGCAGCUGCUGGUUCGACGCCGAAACGCCAGUCUGACUGGCAAAUGGAGAUACAUAGGCCAAAGAAUGUUCAUAUAGUCCCUUGAAAACAGAGUGUUCAUGAAUCCUGAGCUGAUGAUGCAACUGAAAUUACAGAAAGAAGCGCACACACCAAUGUCAUAGUCAUGCAGUGUGUACAUUGCCUGUGCUGCAACUGUGCCAUCUGAUAUGAGUUCUGAGGGGAAAUCCUCCUCAGCAUUUUGGUGAUUAUGUGCCGAGUACAAGUGCAAUGCAUGCGACUCUAAUAUUGCAGUGAA